AUGGACGCUGAAAAGAAUAAUAAUUACGCUUCAAAUAUAUCUGCACCAAUGCUGAACAAUGAAAUUAUUGGAGAACUAAGCUCAUUAACCGAUGGUAUUAACUCGUUACCCCGAUAUAGAGAAGAAAGGCGGCAAAUGUUAGCUGAUCGAGAGCUUCAGAUGCUUAAAGAAAUCGAGGAUGUAAAAAAGAAUUAUACGCCAGAAAUGUUUGUAGACCAAACUCCAGACCAUUUCAGUAGUUCAGAUGUAACACUAACGAAAGCGGUUAAAGCCGAGUUUGGCGAAAUGUGUGUUGGUGCUAUAAGCGUUAAAAGUGCUAAAACAUAG